AUGGCGUCUAACGAGCCUGCCGAACCUAUUGCGAAGGGAAUAAUUCCCACCGCUCGUCAGUCCUUCAAAGAUUUGUUUAUUUGGAAACAGCGUGUCGAGGUGACGAAUGAGUAUGGAGAGACCCAUGCCGAGUGGCAUAAUCCAGAACCCAUCCAUAACCCUAUCAGCUUGAUGGCGCAGCUGUCUGCUCGAGACUGGGUCUUCUUCAUUGUUGGACUUUCAGCAUGGACAGCCGAUGCAUUUGAUUUCCAUGCACUUUCUAUUCAGACCAAAAAGCUCUCCGACUACUACGGUCGCUCCAAGACAGACAUCACAACGGCUAUUACGCUGACAUUGUUGCUGAGAAGUGUCGGGGCAGCUUUCUUCGGGUUUGCUGGAGAUAAAUAUGGUCGCAAAUGGCCCAUGGUGCUCAACAUGAUCGUGCUUGGCAUUCUUCAGAUUGCCACCAUCUACAGUCACACAUUCCAGCAGUUCCUGGCAGUCCGUAGUCUUUUCGGUCUGUUCAUGGGUGGCGUGUACGGAAAUGCUAUUGCUAUGGCUUUGGAGCAUUGCCCUGUCAAUGCUAGAGGUCUCAUGUCCGGCAUUCUCCAGCAAGGUUAUUCCCUGGGAUACGUGCUUGCGGCAUGUGCCAACCUUGGAGUCGGCGGUGCUACUGAUAGUUGGAAGACUGUUUUUUGGGCUGCUGCUGGGAUCUCCAUUGGUGUCGGAAUCAUCCGAAUUUUCUUCCCGGAGUCAAAGCAAUUCCUUGAGGCUAAAAAAGAAGGCAAAAGAAGCAUGAGUGCAGGCGAGUUUUGGAAGGAGACACAAGUUAUGCUGGCCAAGGAGUGGAAGAUGUGCAUUUAUUGCAUCAUACUCAUGACUUGGUUCAACUACUACUCCCAUACUUCGCAAGACUCCUACACCACUUUCAUGCUCACGCAAAAGCAACUCAACAAUUCCGGUGCUUCGAGGGCAUCAAUCCUGAUGAAGACUGGAGCCUGUGUCGGUGGAACAAUCAUCGGGUAUCUGUCACAAUUUGUUGGACGUCGUCGGGCCAUUGUUGUUUCAGCUCUCAUAUCUGCCAUCCUCAUUCCAGCGUGGAUUCUACCAACAGGGGAGCCUGCACUCAGCGCCACCGGCUUCUUUAUGCAAUUUUUCGUCCAAGGUGCAUGGGGUGUCAUUCCAAUCCACCUGAACGAGCUGUCUCCACCCGCCUUCCGUUCCUCGUUCCCCGGUAUCACAUAUCAGGUCGGGAAUAUGAUCAGCUCUCCGUCGGCUCAGAUUGUCAACGCCAUUGCCGAGUCUACCUGGGUCACAACCCCAUCUGGUAAGAAAGCGUCUGCCUACGGCCCUGUCAUGGGUGUUGCGACAGCCAUUAUUGCCAUCGGAAUUAUGGUCACCACUGCCUUUGGGCCUGAGAAGCGUGGUCGUCGGUUUGAACUUGUCGUUGCGGCUGUGGAGGAGCACCCCAAUGUCAAGACCGCGGACAUGGAAUUGGGAGAGGGUCACAAGGCGAUGGAUGAAAGGAUUGAAUUGGCAGAACAGAAGAAGUAG